CAAAACCAAGCCCAAGUUGGGUCCUCUUUCUGGCUGCGAGGUUAAAGAAUAGGGAGCCAUUUGCAGAGAGCAUUGGGUGGGAGAAAUCUAACAGCCAUGAUAAGUGUUCUUGCUCAGGAGCGUCUAUUGGGCGCCGCACUCGGAAGCAUACUCACCGGAAUCGUUGUCUUUGAGCAGCGACGAAGCAUCUACAACUCCAUUUCUGGUACCCAACCUGAAUCCGUUGCCCGAUCUCAGAUGAGAGAGCCCAUAUUUGGAAGGAAAUCUCGCUCAGAGUUUGCGCACCUCUGGAACAAGGCUGUGGACCAGACAUUUCGACCAGUGAUUGAGUCCCUUAGUUCAUCUGGAUGGUAGAUUUAUUUGAGUAAAUCUACAUGUCUACAAAGUACGGAAGUCUGAUUCUGUGACCUUUAUAACUUGCCUACAAUUGUAUCAUUUUACAUAUUUGAGAAAUCAGAACGGCUUGCACCUUGGCCAUGAUGCAAAGACAUAAUCAUAUUGCCAGCAACCUUGUUUCUUGUUUAAAAUUUUGCAUGAAUGAAUAUUCGCGUCUUGUUCUUA